AUGUCUGACAAAAACCAUUCAACUAUUGUUGAAACUGCCGAUAAUGGCCCCAAAACUAAGCUUGUUCAAGGCUCCGAGCGAUGGGCCAGCGCUAUCCAAUCUGCGAAACCCAAGAUCCUUGCUUGGAAUACAAUGCUCACUUUCUUCAUGUGUAUUCCAGCCUUCUUGUGCGGCUCAAUGGCCGGCUAUGACAGCUCCGUCAUGGCAAGUUUCCUCGUGAUGGGCUCAUUUCAAAAUCUCUUUGGCGCCAACGUCAAUGGCUUCCAGGCCGGCUAUAUUACUGCGAUAUAUCAGAUUGCUGGUGUGAUAGCCAUCCCAUUCAUCAGCCCUUGCAUGGAUCGCUUCGGUCGCCGCUUCGCUCUAUUCCUGGGCUGUGCCUCGUCUGUCCUCGGUGCUAUUAUCCAGGCCACAUCAGCUCAGACUGGGUCCUUGGGUCAGUUUCUUGCCGGCCGGUUCUUGCUCGGCUUUGGAGGUGUUCUAGCUCAGGCUGCUGCCCCGACAUACUGUGUUGAGGUUGCGCACCCGGCACACCGAGGCAUCUUGGCCGGUGGCCAGAGCAGCAUGCAAAACUUUGGCGGAAUUAUUGCGGCAGCAGUUGCUUUGGGCACUGUCAACCUUACGGGCAACGACUCGUGGCUUAUCCCGACCUGGGUCCAGCUCGCGUGUCCAGGAAUCGCCUGCCUGAUGAUUUGGUUCCUCCCGGAGUCGCCUAGAUGGCUGUAUACCCAUAAUCAACAGACAAAAGCCAUCGAAUUCAUCACCAAAUACCAUGGUGAUGGCGAUAUUGAAAACCCUUGGGUAAAGCUACAGCUUGUCGAGUUUGAAGAGCAGCUUGAGCAGAAUAGCUCUGAAAAAUGGUGGGAUUACCGGCCACUCUUCACCACCCGCUCCAAAAGAUAUAGACUGGGCAACAGUCUGAUGAUUGGAGUCUGGGGUGCUCUGUCCAGCGGCGGAAUUUCCUAUUAUGUAGGCGCCUUUUUUGCGAGCGCCGGAAUUACGGAUCCCACCACGGUUCUUGUCUUUAAUGUUUGGCAAAACUUUAUGAGCACAAUGGCAAGCUUCAUUGGUUCGCCCUUGUGUGAUUUUGUCGGCCGAAGACCUCUGUUUCUGUGUACUCUCUUCGGUAUGGGCUUGUCAUGGGCCGGAGUAGCUGUUGGAGCCGGCAUUGUUGAUUCAACCCCAUCCAACAUUGCGGCAGCAAAGGCCGGCAUCGCGUUUUACUUCAUCUUCAGCUUUAUAUACUGCAUUGGCAUCACUCCUCUUCAGGGAGUCUAUGCCGCUGAAGUGUUUACGUACGAGCAACGCGCCAAAGGUGUUGCAUUCCAGAAUCUGGGAGUCAACAUUGCCGGACUCGUCAACCAGUUCGGUACCCCAGUGGCGCUGGAAAAGAUUGGUUACAGAACAUACAUUAUUUGGUGCAUCUGGAACUUUAUCGAAUUCGGCAUCUCGUACUUUUGGAGUGUUGAGACGAAGGGCUUCACAUUGGAGGAACUAGAUGAUAUAUUUGAGAGCCCCAAUCCUCGCAAGGCAUCUGUUCAGAAGCGAGCGGUACCGACUUCUGGCGAUAUCAACACGCUGCUUCAUGUAAAGGAGGUAUAA